AUGAGUGCGCCUCACGCGAGUCACAAUGCCCUGGAGGCCUGGCUGACCUGGGCCUUCUCGCCCACGAUGUCGGCCAUCAUCGCGACGAUGCUGGUCGCGACGCUGCUCCCCAUCAUCAUCCACUUCUACCUGUACAGCACCGCGAAGGGCGGGGCCGCGGAGCCGACCUUCCUGCUCAUCGGACCGAGUGGGUCCGGCAAGACGAGUCUUCUCACCUUGUUCGCCAACUCCGCCCCCACCCCGACGCAUACCUCGCAGACGACGACCGCCGCCGCCUGUCGACUUCCGCCGUCUGCACGCACCGCCGCCGACCAGUACCGAUCCGAGAACGACACCUCGGCCCACUCGCAACCCACCUUCCAGCUGAUCGACACCCCCGGCCACGGCAAGCUCCGGCACCAGGCCUACUCCCUGGUGAACGGCGAGCCGGCGUCUGCGCCCAAGGGGAUUCUCUUCGUGCUCGAUGCCGCGGCGCCGUCCCUCGCCGACGCCGCCGCGUACCUCCACGACGUCCUCCUCGUGCUGCAGAAACGCCGCACACAAGCGAAGACCUCAAAAGUGCCUCCCGUGAUCCCGGUCCUCGUCGCGGCGAACAAGCAGGACGUCUUCACUGCGCUGCCGGCGCCCGUCGUCCGUCGGCGGUUGGAGGAAGAGAUAGGCAAUGUCCGCUCGAGCCGGAGUCGGGGACUGCUCGAUAGCUCGAUGCAAGGCGACGAGGGAGCCGGGAUCGGGAACGAUGACGACGAGGAAGCGAGCUGGCUGGGAGAGUACGGGAGCAAGAAGUUCUCCUUCGAACAGCUGGCGGAAUUCGGGGUGGAUGUGACGGUCGCGGGAGGGAAUGUUCUGGCGGAGGGGGAAGAGGGAGGGGAUAGCGGGCGGAGGGUGCAGGAAUGGUGGGACUGGAUCGCGGAGAGUCUGUGA